AUGCUCAGUUCAGUGAGGGCGCCGUUGUUAACGAAACCGGAAGAGGAGUUGUGUAUUAGCAACCGUCGUUGGGGUAAAUGAGGUGCUGGCUGUGUUUUGAUAGAAAAGAUUAAGCCAUGUCGGCUGGUGCUGAUGAAACAGCGGGAGACCUGCCUGUGAAAGAUAUAAGCUUGAACCUUGCUGGAAUUGGCGGAUUGCAAGAGUCCUCGGCUGCACAGAAUACCAGAGCGAGGCAGGCAGUGUCCCGCGUGAGCCGCGACGAGCUGGAGGAUCGCUUCCUGAGGCUGCACGAUGAGAACAUCCUCCUCAAACAGCAUGCCCGCAAACAGGAGGACAAAAUCAAAAGAAUGGCUACCAAGCUGAUCCGGCUAGUCAACGAUAGGAAGAAGGGGGAGCCAGAGUCCAGCGGGGCCAGGAGGGCUGGCCGGGAUGUGGAGCUGGAGGAGAUGAUGGAGGAGCUGCAGGAGAAGGUGCGUGAGCUGGAGAAGCAGAACGAGGGCUUGCGCAAUCGGCUCAUCUCCGCCAAGCAGCAGCUACAGGUCCAGGGCCGCAGAUACACGCCAUACAACUACGUGCAGUCCCGUAUCAACACAGGUCUCAGGAAGGUCCAGGAGGAUGUCACUAUGCAGGAAAAUCUGAAAAGAGGAGUUAGAGUUCAAGAUCCGGAUCUGACAGCAAGAUCGACCCAAACAAUGCUUCCAAGAUACGGGCACAGUUUGCUUGAUGAUGCUAGAGCUGAAAUCCGCAACCUAGAGAAUGUGAUCGAGUCUCAGAGGGGACAGAUGCAGGACCUGGAGCGUGCUGCAGAGAUCCUGAGGGAGCAGCUGAGGAGACAGGAGGUGGAGUAUGAGGACUCCUUGCUGCAGCUUCGAGAGCAACAGGCCACUGGGCAGAGGUCCACCAUCAAGGACAACGUGGGAAUGAUCAAGCUGCAGAAGCAGCUUGCUGAAAAGGGUAAUGCCUUCACGGUCUUGGAAGGGAGGUUCUUCCAGCUUCAAGAGAACCAAAGAACUUUCAAGUCUAGCCAUGAUGCGCUGCUGGCGAAGGUGGACGAGCUCAACGCACAGCUCAAAGAGGAGCACCUCAAGACCCUCAGUCUGGAGAACAAGCUGCAAGCCACUUCAUUUGCACAGAGGCGGGCUGAAGAGCUUCAAGACCGGAUCAGUGACCUGGAAAAAGAAAAGGAUCUGCUAAAGGAAAGCUAUGAUAAACUUUUUAACAGUGCCUUCGAUGUGACCCACGAACAGCAGUGGAAGCUGAAAGAACAGCAGUUAAAACUGCAGAUCGCCCAGCUAGAGGUGGCACUCAAGUCAGAUCUCGCUGACAAAAAUGACAUCCUGGACAGAAUCAAACUUGAAAGAGACCAAAAUGAGAAAUUGUCUCAGGAGAACAGGGAGCUGCAACUACGCUGUCUGGAGCAGAAGCAACAGUUUGAUGAACUUAAAGACCGCAUGAAGUUCUUCACAAAGGAGAGUGAUAUUGAUGUGGCAGAACUCAGCGAAGCACUGAUGCUUAUAAAGGUUCGCAAAAACCAGAAAAACCGAGACCUUGAAUUUCUGGGAAAAGUCGAAGACGACAUGCACAAGGAUUUGGCGCGCACGAUGCGUGAACUUCAGGCCACACACGCUGAGACCGUGCAGGAACUCGAGAAAACACGGAACAUGCUGAUCAUGCAGCACAAGAUUAACAAAGACUACCAGACAGAGGUUGAAGCGGUGACACGCAAGAUGGAAGACAUUAAGCAUGAAUAUGAGCUGAAACUUGAGCAGUAUGCCCAACUGCUUGACAUUAGGGCUGCUCGAAUCAGAAAACUGGAAGCCCAAUUAAAAGAUAUCGCUUAUGGCACCAAGCAGUACAAAUUCAAAGCAGAGAUCACAGGUGAAGACAGAGUGGAUGAGUUUGAUGAAACGGUCCACCUCGAGAGAGGAGAGAACCUGUUUGAGAUCCACAUCAGCAAAGUCAACUUCUCUCCCGAAGCUCUCCGGGCCUUUGGCGACCGGGAACCUUCCACUUUCUGCACCUAUGCCUUUUACGAUUUCGAACUGCAAGCCACUCCAGUGGUCCGGGGCUCCCAGCCAGCGUAUGACUUCACCUCCCAGUAUGUUGUGCGUGUGGAUGACUUCUUUUUACAGUACCUCCAGAAGAGCUCAGUCACACUAGAGAUCCAGCUGGCCCAUGGCAUGGACUAUGAAACUUUUGCAGCCUGCCAGCUGCGGCUGCACGAGAUCCUUGAGAAGAACGGCACAGUAUUUGGCACAGCGGCUCUGGUUGGAGUGGGAGGAGAUGUUCACAUCUAUGGAGUUCUGGAAUACUGGGUGAGGCUGCGGGUGCCCAUGGACCAGGCUGUCCGCUUAUACAAAGAGAGGACAAAGGCCCUCGGCUAUCUGAAUUCAGGCAAGGUCCAGGAGGCGCUCAGCACUGCCGCCAUGGCUGAAGGCAGUCUGAACGAGCUCCAUGUGACAGUGGCAUGCUGUAACAACCUGAAACCACGGCAAGAUCACCUGCAGCCAAGCCCAUACAUCGUGUACAAGUUCUUUGACUUCGCGGACCAUGACACUCCCAUUGUUACAAGCAGCAACAGCCCGCAGUUCAGCGAUCACAUGAGCUUCCCUGUGCCAAUGAACGCGGAUCUAGACCGCUACCUGAAAUCAGAGGCUCUCGUGCUCUAUGUGUUUGACGACGCUGACUCACAAGAUAACUUGUACCUAGGCAAAGCCAAAGUGCCUCUCAUCUCUUUAGCUCAUGAUAAAGCCAUUACAGGCACUUUUGAACUGACAGAUGGACAUGGACGACCCAAUGGAACGGUUGAUGUCACUUUACAAUGGAGAUUUUCAUACCUUCCACCGAGUGGAUCAUCUAUGACAGUGGAGCAGGCGAAGUUUGUUCCCAAGCAGAUACCAGAGAAGUUGGCUUUAGAAGAGGAGAGGAAUGAACCAUUGCCAAGUAUGCCACUCCCCUCAGUCUUGGAGGUUCCCCAGCCGAAACCCAGACAGCGUACACUCACAAAGGAUAAACAACCAAACAAGAAAGUGUCAUUUAUAGAUACAACACCAGAGAGUCCAGUCCAGAAUGUCAGUCCAUCUCCUGCUGAGGAGAAAGAAAUCUUACAAGACAAGCCUUCAAGUUCAACUAGCCCCACUCUGAUCCCGGAGGAUUUACAGAGAGGCAGGUUAGACAAUCAGGAGCUGGGGGAGAUUGCCCAGGAGAUCCAGGAGGAAGAGGAGGACUCGCACCUCUCCGAAGGGCAGCUAGCAGAACAGAGCCUGCUCUCAGAAGAGGAGGAGGAAUCGGACAUUCCAGAAGAGGUGUUGGAGCGGGACGAAGAAGAAGGGGAGGAUGCGCUGGCCACUGAUGCCAAUGAAUCAAUACUCUCCGACAGUGAUGACUGCAUUGUUCCAGGCCCAGCACCCCAGAGCAGAAAGCAGCCAUCGGAAAAGAUCCGGAUUGAAAUUGUGUCCCUCACCCUGUCCCCAGAGUCUCGGGCAGCAGCAGACGACAGCAUCCUGAACCUCUUUGUAGAGUACAGAUUCCUGAACCUGCCCGCUGAGGAGACACCCAUGUCACUAUCUAAACUGGAGCAUGGGCAAACCAUACACUACAACUACAGCAACGUGAUCCACGUGGAUAAAGAAAAUAACCAGCCAAGACGAGAGUUCCUGAGGUCUGUGCUCCAGGGACAAGACCCGGCGCAUGAGAGCAUCAAGUUUACUGUGGUUAGUGACCCUCCUGAAGACGAGCAGGACAUGGAGUGUGAAGAUGUUGGCUUUGCUUUUGUCAACAUCAGAGACAUCUUUCAGGAUAAGCAGGAUGUCAUAGAGAAAAGCAUCAACAUUGUCGAUGCUCAGGAUGACAAUGCAGUAAUUGGAAAACUGAAGGUUACCGUUGUGGCUCUCCAGGCACUACGCUCUGUCAUUGAAGACUAGCACUGAUGAUAUGUACGAGAAAUAAACAAGAACAACAUCGGGGGUGCUUAUGCACAUAACCCCUGCCUUUUAUUUAAUUUGGAUUUAAGUGAAUUUACAAUUAUGUGUGUUGUGUGUGGUUUUUUUUUUUUUUAUUCUAAUAUAUAUGUUUUGUGUUUUUGCUACAUUAUUCCAUUUCCACUCUAAUUUUUUUAAUAUGAAAAACAAAAGUGGAUAUUUGUCUGAUUUCAAUGAUGCGCUCCCCUGGUAAUUAUAGAAUUUGUUACACACAUUUAUGCCAAAUGUAUGCAUGUCAGAUAAUUCAUUUUUUUAAUAAAGUCUUUCUUUUCAGAAUGCCA